AUGUGUGAGGAUAUUUCUCCUUUGGAAAACUUCACGAGUCUUGUUGAUGAUCGAGGCGUUCUAAAAAGGAUUAUUAAGAAAGGGCAUACAGAUAUUUCACCGGUUAAAGGCGAAACUGUCGUUGUACAUUACGUUGGUAUCUACCAUGGUGGAGACGAGCAUGGGGAGAAAUUCGACUCAAGUCGAGACCGGAACGAGCCCCUCAACUACACGUCAGAAGAGGGUCAUGUAAUCAAAGGAUGGGACAUUGCUGUACCUUCGAUGAAGCUUGGUGAAGUUUGCGAGUUAGUUGUGUCCCCAGGAUACGGGUACCAAGAUGGGAAGACCCGUCGGUUUGAAAUCGAGUUAUUGGACUUCUAUGGUAAGGAUGUGAGCCCCAAGUUCGACGGGUCUGUUUACCUGACUCAGCUGGUGCAUGGGAAUGAAGCAAUUUCUCCACGAUCUGGCUCUCUAUGUAAAAUCCACGCUUUGGGUUAUUGCGAUGGAAGGGUGUUUGAGGAUCGUGACGUUAGUUUUCUCAUUGGUGACUUUGAGGAAGUCGGUCUUCCUGAAGGCCUUGAUCGUGCUCUGUGCUACAUGAGCGAAGGCGAAGAGGCUCGAAUUAGGAUCCGCGAACCCAUGACAUUUUCGUCUUACGAAUCCGUGAAACGUGGUAUACCCAAAGGUUCUAUUUUGUAUUACCUCGUAAAGAUCACAUCGUGCGAACAGCGAAAGAGCGUGACUGUUUUUUCAACCUUUCGUGAAAAAAUGGAACAUAUGCAGUCCCUGAAGCAAAAGGCCAAUGAGCUUCUUAAGGUUUGA